CACCCUCGCCACUCGCCAGUCGCCACCAUGCCGCCGCGCGCCGUGUUCGUGUGCGCGCUUCUCGCGUGCGCGCGCGCCGACGCCGCGAUCAGCGCCAGCGAUCUCACCGCUGAGGAGUACUACUCCAUGCCUCAGUUAUUCCACUUGGACGAGUACGAGAGCUGCUUGGCAACGCGCGGCGUGUACUGCCUCGGCAGCUUCGAGCUGUCGCCCGACGGGGAAUCUAGGGUAUUCCGGCUGAUGCAGGAGUACUCCUCAAACUGGGUGGAUAACUUCAAUCACACGCGGCUCCAUCGAGGACUUUGCGUGUCUCGACGAUGUGGCGACCCGAACACGGCUCUAGAGGUUCCAUCAGGAGCUUCUAUGGACUCGUGGUUUGCGUCAUGCGUAAACGCGAGUACCAUGUCAUCGCACAACCUAUCAGCGCGUCUAUAUCAGUUAGACUACUGUCAACGAGGGCAGGAGAGGGCACGGCCUUUAGACGCUGCUGAUAGAGCCUUCCCAGUAGUAUUAGCAGCCUUAGCGGCUCUCGCUGGUGUCUCUACUGCUUUGGAGUUGCUACUGUCACCACAGACUAAGAAAGAAUACCAAUGGGCACUAAGCUGGUCGCUCCCCGGCUGCUGGCGCGCGCUGCGGGCUCCGCCGCCGGCCGUGAGCGCCGCCGGCGACCUUCGCGUCUUCGACGGAGUCAGGGUGCUCUGCAUGAUGUGUGUCAUCAUUGAACACGUGUGCUGGCUGAGCACCAUCGCUUAUAUUGCUGAUAUACGGUAUUUUGAGACGAUCCGCCGCGCCGGCGACGCGAUACUCCUAGGCAACUCGACGUUGGUGGUGCAGGUGUUCUUCCUGAUGGCCAGCUUCCUCCUGGCACACAAGAUCCUUCUCCAGACCUCUAAAGGGUCCAUGCCGUCGUGGCGGUCAUUCUUCUCCACCAUGAUCAAUAGGAUCAUCAGAGUCAGCCCGUCAUACUACAUGGUAGUAUGGUUCGCGGCGACCUGGUGGUCGCGCCUGGGCGCCGGGCCGCAGUGGGCGCCCCGCGUCGACGCGGAGGCCGGCGUCUGCCGCUCCAAGUGGUGGGUGCACCUGCUGUACCUGAACAACGUGCUGGACGCGGAUAACAAGUGUUUAGUGCAGACCUGGUACCUGGCGGCAGACAUGCAGCUGUACGCCGUAGCUUUGCUGCUCACGCUCGUCCUGGCGCGCUGGCGACGCGGCGCGCUGCCGAUAUUGAUGGCGUUACUGUUCAUAUCCGUUGGUGGCUUGUUCGCCAUCUCCUACUGGUUGAAGCUUGUGUCCACGUUCGUCAUGCAUAACCCGGAAGUGGUCCGUAUGAAGUACUACGGAGACCUGUCCUUCAACAUCCUGUACCAGUCUCCGCUGGGCAACGCACCGGGCACGUUGGCCGGCUUGUUGCUGGCCUACGUCCAUCAUGAGAUGCUGGAACGGAACAAACAGCCGCAGCAGUACCGGUGGUUCCGCUGGGUGACGAGCUCGGGCGCUCCGCUAGCGCUGUGGUGGGCGGCGUCGUCCCCGCUGCUGCUGGGCGCCGGCGCCGCGCCCGGCGCCCCCGCGCGCGCGCCCGCCGCCGCCCUCGCCGCGCUCGAGCGCCCCAUCUUCAGCCUGUUCGUGGGCCUGGCUCUGCUGGGGGCUAUGCAUGGAGUACACCCGAUCUGGGUGCGGUUCCUCGCGUGGCCGGGCUGGGCCCCGGCGGCGCGGCUGAGUUUCGGCGCGCUGCUGCUGCACAUGCCGAUCAACACGGCGCUCAUCGCUGCGCGCCGCGCGCCCACAGAACUCAACCGGUUGUCUGUAAUAGUGGAAUGGUUGGGCGUGGCCGGGGUAGCGUACCUGGCAGCGUUACCGCUCGCGCUGCUGGUGGAGCUGCCGGCGCAGCGCCUGCACCGCGCGCUGGAGCGCCUGUGCAGCGCGCCUGCGCCCCCCGCACCCCCCGCGACCAAGCCCGAGCCCCAGCACCAGCCCCUAGAGAAGACCAACCUGUGAUAACUGCCGCUGCCUAGUGGGACAUCAUAUGACUAUGUAAUAGUACAUGUUACCUGAUUUUAUUUCGAAGAAUGCUGACAUAUUUCAGCAUAUCGAGCUUAAAACGCAUUUGUCAAAUGUAUGGCGGUCGGUAUUAGCGCCGAGCGUGCGUUUCGUGGCCGAGGCGUAAUACUAAAGUGAGCUUGAUACUCAUCGUAUGUUCGUUUUGCAAGCGCUGGAUCUUACCAGGCGCGACAUAGGUACUUACCGACGUGGGUGCGAACCCCGGACUCCGUAGUUAAUAAAAGUAGGUGGAGUCCCCGGCAAGCUCGGCCGAAUUUCACCUUCCCGUUUCAUACAAACGGAGUUUCGUUCUCAUUUUAAAACUACGUGUUGGAUUGUAAUGAAACUUUGCACAUACUGCACUACAUAAACUAAUUGCAGACAUAGAUAUACCUUAUCCUAUUGUAAGUGCAAAGUUUCAGAGCAAAUUAGCUACUCGUUUUAUAAUGAGAGCGUAACUACGUUUGUAUGGAGAACCGAGCCUGGGGACCUUAGGCGCGUAUCCCACUGGAUGCGAUUCGCACGUCGCUCCGUUGCUCGCUAUAAUACGCGAAUAGGAUUGUCUCGCGGCGACCAAGUGUGACAGUGCCACUACAUGAGUUAUAUUUUCAUAGGAAUUUUACAUUCAUAAUGAAUGGCACACACUCCGUCUCUUGCCAAGUCGCUACUAAAUUAACUUGGUCUGACUCUAGGUUAUCUUUUAUUUUAUAUCAAGAAACAAGCUUCAAUGAUAAAUACAAAAUAAAAAUCCUUGAAUGCAGAGUUACAAGACAUGGUAAAAGUGUAAAUAUUUCUUACUGUCUAGUCUAAUCGGUGAUGUUAAGGGAACCAUGUGAAUUUUAUGGGUUUCAAAUUGUGAAUCUCAAAAAGUGGUUCGCGCACAUUAACAGACUAAAAUGAAAAAAAAAAAAAAACAUUCAGAAAACAGCCAACGAUCGGCUUACACGUUGAGUCGUUGAGUGUGGGCGAGCCAAUAUUUUGUAACGAUACCUAAGGUUAAGGAUUAUAAGUGUAAGCAAAGUGCUCUCUGAAGGUAUUGGCACUGUUUGUGAUAAUUUUGGUUACCUGGGAUGAGAUGUGUGCUGACAGUACGGCUACUGAAUUUUACUUUUAACUGUUAAAAUUACAGUCCAAAUUGACAGGGACGUAUACGGGGUCAGUUCCAGAUUCACCGGAUUUAUUUUAGGACGUCAUUAUCCGAGUAUAAGAGAAUCCGGCGAAUCGGGAACUAGCCGUAUACGUGACAAGGCGUUUGAGGGGUUAAUAGUACAUUAUGAUACAAGUGUGCUAAGUUGGUCAUUGCACACGAGGCGAUAUUGUGCGCGCAAGCUGUAAGCGAGCGCGCAAUAAGAAAGCCGAUGUGUGUAAUGACCAAUGCACACGCGUUUCAUGCGACGUUUUUCAACACACUUGCGAGAAAAAAAAGAAACUUUCAUAUUAAUCAGAUUUGAAUAGUUAAAACAGUUAGUAUUGUGUGUUUCAUCUGUCAUACUCGUACUGCCGGGCGGCUGCGCAGGCGGUCGGGCGCGCCGGUGCCCGCCAGUCCGACCAAUUAAAGAAGGCUCCCUUUCCAUGCAUAUUAUUAGCAAUUAGUUAGCUUCUUAACUCAGUCAGAUAAUAUAAUGAAAAAGCACGAGUGGAAUAACACACUGAAAGAGCACGCGUGUUUAAUAUUAGGAUUAUGAGCCAAAAAUCGGUGGAAUAAAAACGUCGUUUUGAGCAAGUGUGUUGAAAAAACCUAUUACUAUACUUACUUUACACUUUGGGUUAAAGCCCGACCAGAAUAUAAUCAUUGUCAAGAGGGCGCUGUUAUUCUCAUGUAUGUGGUGACAGUUCAAAUAGUAUGAAAAAUUUAGUUGCAAUGAAAUUCCGCAACAUGGCGCGUGAUCAUAUAUUCCUGGUCGGGCUUUAACUUUCUCGACGCCGUGUCAAACGCAAAAAGCUGUCACUCGGACGCAACGCCACCAAAGUGUCAAAACUGAGCUGGUAAAUGUUGUGUGUGUAACAAGUCUCUG